AUGUAAUAAUGGGAUUUAGUAAAUGAAUCAAGUGAUUAGUUACGAUUGUUUAGUUAUUGUUUUAUAGUGUGGAGUGCCUUAUUUAUACUUUGCUACGAUAGAAUCAGAUUGAAUAACCUUAGUUCCAAAAAGCAAAUAGAUGUUUUCAAUAGAGUGGUAUCAAUUUUGCACGGACAAUUCACUUUUUGGGGAUCACUCAUAGUUAUACUUUCUCAGACCCCUUACCAAUUAUAGGAAAUGAAUUCCUCUGAAAUGCAAUUCGUUAUGAUCGUCAGCGCAGGUUAUUUUGCAUACGACGUCAUAAUUUGCACUUAUUUCGAUUUGUAUGACUAUUGGCUGAUAUUCCAUCACAUAAUUAGUUUGAUGGCUUUUGGAGAAAGCAUUCUGAAUAAAAAAUAUGGACAUAUUAUUAUAUGUAAAUAGUUAUACUCAUAAAAACUAUAUAGUCGGUAUGUUCAUCACUGAAAUAUCUAAUUUGCCUAUGCAUCUGAGACAUAUCUUGGGUUGUUUCGGAUUAAGACAAACAAAGAUAUAUGAAUCAAUUGAAUUACUCUACUUCUCACUCUUCUUAAUAUUUAGAGGUAUCUUGAGUCCGGUCUUACUAAUAAGAACUUAUGAGGAUCUACACGCUCCCUUAUUGAUUAAAAUCUCUGCAUCUGGAUUGCUAUUGUAUUCAGUCUAUUACAUCAUAGAGUAAUUAAAAAUUCUACAUCUAUUUUUAGAAUGAUCAAAAUUACUUAAAGAAAGAUCAGAUCGUACAGGGAUCGGAAGAGAAGAAACCUCAGUAUGUAUUGGUUUGUUCAGAAUCCUCUACUACCAACUCAAAAAUAUGUAGACUCCAUAUUAUGA